AUGUUCGAGGACGCCAACUGUACUCAUGCACCAGCCAAAACGCCCAGCAAUGCUGGCAUUGCAGGCACCGGUGUGCUCCUAUCAUUCAUCAUCACUGCCGUCUUGGCACUGCUCAUUUCAGUGUCGCUCAUCAUCCAAGACUCCUUCUUCAAGAGCUCGAAACCUUCCACCAUACGGCGCAAGCUGCUCAACAGCUACUCUGACCAGCAGAUCCUCACCGGCAUCGGCAUACAGGCCGUCGGGCUGGCGCAGUUGGAUACCCUAGUGCCGUACCACUUCUUCAUAAUAUGGAUGCUCAGUCUGUUGUCGAUGGCUGUGCAUAACGCCACCUUGCUUGCACUGGUUGGCGAAUUCAAAAGAGACUGGGUGCUGCGUUGGUUGCGACAGUUCCUCAUGUUUGUCAAUCUGAUCCUGAGUGCGAUCUACGGAAUCUUCAUGCUGCAGGUCGUGCAAAAGGAUAUCGAAACGUCGACGCUACCUGUCGCAUGUGUCUGGGGCAUCGAUGGGAACGGCUCCGCGAGCAAUGCGGGCCUGUCCUAUGUCGGGACAAUCGCCGUCAUUGCAGGCAACUGCAUCGUUUUCGCAGCCUCGACCUGGUAUUUGCACUAUAGAAAACAGCGCUUCUUCAAGCUGGCGCAACUGAUCGGCUGGGUUUUGAUGACUGCCAUCGCCGUCGGCGCGACAGUGCGUGUCAUCCUACUAAGCCAGGCCUUCGGAAAGCCCACAACACCGCUGAGCGACAAGGGCGAGACUGUAUGGAGUUUUGGAAGCCUGAUCUCGCUGCUCAUGCUUUUGUUGCCGCUGAUGAGCCUGUUGGAGAUUGCGCGUGGCGAGGUCCAAAUUGCACCGCCUGUGAUGGAUGACAAGGAGCCUUUGCUUGACACGGAGAUGGCGCCGUACCAGCCUAAUCCGUUCUUUCGCAAGAAAUAA